GGAAAGAAAUGAUUUUAUUAAAAAUUUUAUCAAAAAUAAUUUUAUUCUUAUUAAUUCAACAAAUAAUAAUAAUUAAAUCUUCUUCUAAUCCCUCUCCUUAUUUUAUUAUUGAAACUGCUGAUGAAAUAAAAGAAGAUUCAUUAUCAGCAUCCUCCUCAACUUCUUCCUCUUCUUCAAGCGAUUCCUUCUCAGAAGAAACUUCUGUAGAAAAAGAAGAUGAUGGAGAAGAAGAAUUUCCUUUAGAAAAUGUUGCAGAUUGGCAACCUCCCACAGUUUGCCCGAAAGGGCAAUUUCGUUCAAAUGGAGGAAAUUGUAAACAAUGCUCUGUUUGUGGAAAAUAUUUAUUCGAAAAGAAGCCUUGCCAGUCCGAUCAAGAUGUUCAGUGUGAAUUUUGUAUAACUGGAUGGAGAGAAUUUGGAAAUAAUCGGGAUUUUGAAAUUAAAUGUGCCCAAAUGAUAAAUAUUCGAAAAAUAUUUCAUCGUCAACUUAAUGAAAGGAAAAUUCAACAACAAAAUCAACAACAGCAAGCAAAUGGAGAUUUAUGGAAGAAAAUAACAAUGGCUUUUCCUUCUGAAUCCACUUAUUUAUUCCGUUUUGUUGGCAUUAACAACAGCAAAGAAAGCGAUAAUUGGUGGAAACUUGAAUUGGCCGUCAAAAUUGGAUUUUAUUUAAGUUUAAUAACUUUAAUAUUAGCUAUAAUUCGCUAUGUUUACAAAAAGAAGUUUUCCUCUUCAAAAAGAAGUCUUUACCACACAGUCCAAGUUAAAAGCCCCCCAGAAAUGGAAGAAUUUCAAGAAAAAGAUAUUAUUAGAGCGGCAGAAAGUAUUCGACAAAAAUUGGGGAAAAAAGAUUAUGAACGACUUCAAGAGGAAUUUAUUUAA